AGGGCUGGUCACGGGGUCAUGCUUCGCUUGAAGCAGCCGAAAAUGGCGCCGCUGUCGGCUGCGAUGUUGUUACCGAGGCUGCCGCGUGUUGCCGCGGCUGCCUUUCAACGUGCGCUGGCCUCAACAGCUAGUACGGCUGUGGCACAGUCUCUACCCGAGCAAGUGAAAAUUGUUGAAGUUGGACCCAGAGAUGGACUGCAAAAUGAAAAGGUCAUUGUUCCAGCUGAUGUAAAAAUUCAGUUAAUUAACCUUCUCUCAGAGGCUGGAUUAUCUGUUGUGGAAGCAACAAGCUUUGUCUCCCCAAAAUGGGUUCCUCAGAUGGCCGAUCAGCAGCAAGUGAUGAAAGGAAUCCGAAAAUAUCCAAACGUGAGCUACCCAGUGUUGACUCCAAACCUAAAAGGGUUUGAGAGUGCACUGAAAGCCGGUGCAACAGAAGUAGCCAUCUUUGGAGCAGCCUCAGAAAUGUUCAGUAAAAAAAAUAUUAAUUGUUCUAUUGAUGAGAGUUUACAACGAUUUGAAGAGGUGAUGAAAGCAGCGAAGGAUGCAAGUAUUCCAGUUCGAGGAUAUGUGUCUUGUGUUGUCGGAUGUCCAUAUGAAGGAAAUAUUUCCCCUACUAAAGUUGCAGAGGUGGCCAAGAAGCUUUAUUCAAUGGGCUGUUAUGAAAUAUCCCUGGGAGAUACCAUUGGUGUAGGAACACCGGGCAGCAUGCACAAAAUGCUGUCAGCUGUAAUCAAGGAGGUGCCAAUCAGUGCAUUAGCAGUACACUGCCAUGAUACAUAUGGACAGGCUCUUGUCAAUAUCUUUACAGCUUUACAGAUGGGAAUCAGCACGGUGGAUUCAUCAGUGGCUGGCCUGGGUGGUUGUCCUUACGCAACAAAUGCAUCAGGAAACGUGGCAACCGAGGAUGUGGUCUACAUGUUGAAUGGACUAGGCAUUCACACAGGCGUGGACCUGCAGAAGUUAAUGGAAGCUGGUGCAUUCAUCUGCAAAGCAUUGAAGAGGAAAACCAGCUCUAAAGUCGCUCAAGCAUUUUGCAAGUUAUAAUGAUCAAUAAAUAAUAAAGACAACAGCUGGAUGAAUGUUUACCCUGAAAAUGCUCCUUGUACAAGUGUCCGGCUGCCCCAAGGCUAAACAAAACAAUGGCAGUGGGUCUUCUGUUUCUCAGUUUGAAUCACGGUCAAAAGAGAAAAGCAAGUGAGAUUUUUGAUAACAGCCUGCUGACCAGACCCUUCAAAAUACACAGACACUACAUGCAUAAUCACUGGAGAAAGGAGCUCUGUAAACCUACAACUAAUGGUAAAAAUAAAGAAGCAGGUAACCAAGAAACCUUUCUUCGUUUUGACGUUCUUCCAUCGCGAAAAAAUGAAAAUGAAUAAAAAAUAUUUUGUUUUAGGGAAAUAAAUGUAACUAGCUUUCAGGAAAUUGUCAUUGACGAUUUGUUUUUCAUUGAAUAUAAUCCUGUUUUUAAAAAAAAUUAUAUGUAUAACCUAGAUUAUACAGCCAAUGUUGCGUCAUAGACAUAAAAAGCGUAAGAAAAUCUGCAUAAUAAGCUGAUGAAUGUAAAUUUUGAGGGAUAUUUUGAAGAUGGACAUUGUAUCCUAAUCGAAAACUAGAAUUCUUGAUAAAAUUGUUCUGAGUUUAAUCAUUUUUAAACUGAGAAUACAAAUGAUUGUUUAUUAUAAUUAUAUUUAAUUAUAUUAAUAUUAUUUCAACCUAACAGCCUUACAAAAAUGUGUUUUCAACUUGUGGAAUUUGCCUCUUUGUUAUUUGAUUUUUACCUACAAUUAAAUUUAUUUCACCCAUGCUAAUCCCUAUUUCCAGACAAUAAAUUAAGCCAUUGAUGUAGUUGUUCUUUCUGGGAUGCUGUAAUUUGGUCAUUACAAUCAUCUUUUGUGAAGUAAAUGUUUAGUUUUGCACAUUACUGUGCAUUCUGGAUAGACUGCAAAUUUAGUAAUAUAUUAGUGAAAACCUUUUUUGUCAUUUAAUGUUGGUAUCUAUUGGUAAUAAUGUGUCUACAAUUGUCAAAAUUAAAAAUAUUCUGCUUUAAUGAAGGAAAUCCAAUAUUGACCCAAUCUGUUCGAGAUUAACUGCAGUACCAUAUUAACAAGUUGAUUUUAACCUGCUAUUUUAUUUGAUUUACCAAGGCAUUCCCAUGUAUCAAAUUGCCCCUGUCUAGCGCUUAAAGUAGGUCACACAAAAAUAUUUUCUCAGGGAUACUAGAGAUGAUCAAUAAAAAUGGCCUUGCCAGCAAAUCGCGUACUUAGAAUAAACUUUAAUGAAAAAAGUUACUUUGUUAGAAACAAUUGAUUUAAGUGUCAACUUUCUAAUUGUAAUUAUUCAUACCUAUACAAACAGGUUUCAGAUUGUGUAUAUAAUUUUGAUGUCUGACCUCCAAGUCACAUUGCAUUAAAAUAAUGUAUUUACA